CGGAAGCGGAAGCGGGCGAGCCUCCCGGCGCGCGAUGGCGGACGUGCACCGGCAGCUGCAGGAGUACCUGUCGCAGGGCCGGGCGGGCGGCGGGCCGGAGGCCGCGGAGCCGCUGCUCGGCGCGGGACAGGCGGCGGGGGCCGGCGGGCCGCCCUGGACGUGGCGGUGGCCUUGGCCGCGGGGCGGCUCGGAGCCGGGCGCGGGCGCGGCGUGUGUGGCGGGCGGGGCGCGGGCGCAGCGGCUGGCGGCGGGCGGCGUGUGCCUGCUGCUGGCGGCGCUCUGCUUCGGGCUGGCGCUGCUCAUGGCGCCCGCGCUGCUGCUCCGCGCCCGCAAGUUCGCGCUGCUCUGGGCGCUCGGCUCGGCGCUGGGCCUGGCGGGCGGCGCGCUGCUGCGGGGCGGGGCGGCGGGGGCGGCGGUGCCCGCGGGCCCGGCGCUGCUCUACCUGGGCGCGCUGGCCGCCACGCUGUACGCGGCGCUGGGGCUGCGCAGCGCGGGGCUGGCGGCGCUCGGGGGCUGCGCGCAGGUGGGCGCCUUGCUGGCCGCGCUGCUCGGGCUGCUGCCGCGGGGCGCUCGGCCGGCGCUGCGCCUGGCGCUCGGCCGCCUGGCCCCCGGGGCCCGUGUGUCCGGGGCGCUGCCGGUGUGACGGGCCCGGCGGCUCCUGGGCCGCGGACGUCUCGCCUCGACCGCGGGGAAGGAGCGGGGACGCGCCGCGCGCUUGUCGACCCUCCGUGGGGCUCUUCCUUUUCGGCGCCGUCCACAAAAGAAGAACACGGAUGGAUCUCUCUCUCUCUCUCUCUCUCUCUCUCUGUGUCUCUCUCUCCAGCGGCUGGGGCUGGGAGGACGAUCGUCGGGUCGUCGAGAGCACCCGCCGGCUUUGCCUUCGGAGGACGGAGCGAUGGCGGCGCGAUCGUCGGUGCUCGGGAGAGUUUUAGCCAAAGGAAGCUGGUGACCCUGAAGCCGAGCCACGAACAAAGCACAAAAAAAAAAAGAAAAAGAAAAAAAAGAAACUUUGGGCCGUGACAAUUGUAUUUCCUUGUCUGUGUGAGCGGAUGAAAAAAAAAAAAUCACAUUUAAAACUCGAUGUAGCCACGGGGCUGGGUGUGCGCCGCCCCCGCUCCUCCUCCUCAUAAACAUGAUUUACCGACUCACUUGCUGUUUACAAUAGUUGUAAGUGGGCGGAGGGUAGGUAGCCUAACGGUUAUGCGGACAGACUCUCAUGCCUGAGGCUCCAAAGUCCCAGGUUCAGUCCCCCUGCACCACCAAAAGCCGGAGCUGAGCAGUGCUCUGAUUAAAAAAAAAAAAAAGUUGUAAGUAAGAGCGCUUUCCCGAAACCCUGAAAGGAGACUUUAAAAAUAGGCCAGGUAGAGAGGAGGACAGCGCAGGCGCCAUGUGCAGUGUUGCCUCUCCCUCCCUCCUCCCACCCUGUACAGGAAAAGCCAGCCGGAGCCCAGAAUUACUGCAGAAGGUCUUGACACCUCAACAAAAUAAAUUUAAAAAAAAAAAAAAAAACCUACCAAACAAGCGAAGCAAAAAAGGAAGCUUUGUGUCCCGAGAGAGCAGGGCCCCGCGCACGGCGCACACAAGCGCAUCCAGGGGGGGCCCCGCACAGGCGGGGGAGCUUUGCUUCCUCUUGCGGGUCCCCGCAUGUAAAGAAGGGGUCUCUCCCCCAGGGCUAGUGACCGACCGCUCUCGGAGUUCAACUUGACGAUCGGCCUUUUAGACUCACUUGGGUCUUCAGACCCUGUAAGCAGCGUCGCGUUAUUGUAGGUGAAGCGUUUAGCUCUGUCUUCGGUGGAUGGCUGGACACAGGACGGGCUGGGCAUUGGGCUGAGUCCGGAGGACAAGUUUUGACAACUAGCUACAGAUGAACCGGAAAGUAAAAUGUAUCUUCCGAGUUUUCUCAGCUCAAUGCCAGAUUCUCAGUUCACAUCAGAGUUGGGGAGCCACAGCCAGCUCCCUGCGAUCAGCCCCCUACAUGAGUGUGUCUGUGUUCGGUUAAGGUUGAGGAUCACUCGGUUGUGCAUUGGUUUGCCAACUUGAACGUAAUGGUUUCCGGGACAGGAUUCCAGGGCCUAAAACACGUGUCAGGCAGCAACACAACACUGCGCUUUGUUCAGCCUCCAGGUUUAUGUCCCCACAUCCCUCAGUAUUCUUGGCGGGUGACCUACCUCAGGGAACAGGAGGGAGCUCACAGCCACCUCGUGCACUUUUCCAGAGAGGGAUCUAUUUUUUUAAUUUACAUUACUUGUGCCAUUGGCUGCUUUUCCCAGUUCCCUAGGUGAACUUCUGUUCUAACUAUAAAUUUCUCUACGAUUUACACAGGCUGAUGAUUCUUAUAAUAGCUAACACCUUCUCAUAUUGAUGCUCUUUGUACUUUUGAAUGCAUUUCCAAGACUGGAAAUUUAGAAAGCUAGCUUUUAUAAAAUGUCAAAGAACGAAGCUUGUAUUUUGACAGUGAUGUUUUAAGAUGCUGUCUACAUCCCAAGUAUUUAAUAAAGCCAAUCUAGAGA